GCCGCUGCCCCGGCCGCGCGCGGAGCGGGGACGCGAGCCAUGGAGGAGACGCCGCCCCCGCUGCUGGGCGGCAGCAAGCCGCACCUGGAGAAGCUGACCCUGGGGAUCACCCGCAUCCUAGAAUCAUCCCCAGGUGUGACGGAGGUGACCAUCAUAGAAAAGGCGCCUGCUGAACGUCAUAUGAUUUCUUCAUGGGAACAAAAAAAUAACUGUAUGCUUCCUGAGGAUGUGAAGAAUUUUUACCUGAUGACCAAUGGCUUCCACAUGACAUGGAGUGUGAAGCUGGAUGAGCACGUCAUUCCAUUGGGCAGCAUGGCAAUUAACAGCAUCUCAAAACUGACUCAGCUCAACCAGUCUUCCAUGUACUCACUUCCUAAUGCACCAACUCUGGCAGACCUGGAGGACGAUACACAAGAAGGCAAUGAGAAGCAGCCAGAGAAGCCUCACUUUGAUUCUCGCAGUGUGAUAUUUGAGCUGGAUCCUUGCAAUGGGAAUGGGAAGGUUUGCCUUGUCUACAAAACAGGGAAACCAGCAUUAGCACAGGACACUGAGAUCUGGUUCCUGGACAGAGCGCUAUACUGGCAUUUUCUGACAGAUACCUUUACUGCCUAUUACCGUCUGCUCAUCACCCACCUGGGCCUGCCCCAGUGGCAGUAUGCCUUCACCAGCUAUGGCAUUAGCCCACAGGCCAAGCAAUGGUUCAGCAUGUAUAAACCCAUCACCUACAACACAGACCUGCUCACGGAAGAGACCGACUCCUUUGUGAACAAGCUGGAUCCCAGCAAAGUGUUCAAGAGCAAGAACAAGACCUUAAUCCCCAAAAAGAAAGGGUCUGUUCAGCCUGCAGGUGGCCAGAAAGGGCCCUCAGGUCCUCCCUCUGCCUCUAAAUCCUCCCCUGGCUGUGGAAACCCUGUCCGGAAAUGACCACCCCUUACUCCAAUUCCCUGCCAGCCCCACAGCGAUGAUUUCCAUGCACAGAUGCCCCAGGGGUGCCCAAGCUUCAGAUUCUGUGUGUGGAACCAUAGGCCUCUUCCCAUCUGCGUGACCAAAAUCCUAGGCCUUUUACUCCCGUUGGCAUUAGCCAGGAGUUGGAAGGGCAUACUCAGGUCUCCCAAGAGUCCUUCCCUCAUACCCCUCACGGCAGGUUGUACCACCCCCUGCCUCCAGAAGCUGUGGAGAACUUCAGAUCUUGUGUAAGUGGCUCAAGAGAUCUGUUAAGAGCUUUCCUCACUUUCCACCCCCAACACCCUACCCCUCAGCAGUGUUUAGAGAAGUCCCCCAAAGAAACCACUGGUUUUGACCCAUGAGGUAUUAGAACUGUGCUGUUCAAUUGUAGCCACUAGCCGCAUGUGGCUAUUUAAAUUUAAACUAUAUUAAAAAUUCACUUCCUCAGUUGUAUUAGCCACAUUGCAAGUAUUCAUGUGGUUAGUGGAUUCUUUAUUGGACAGCAGAGACAUAAUGGAAUAUUUCCAUCAUCACGGAAAGUUCUUUUGGGCAGCACUGAAUUAGAAUAUUUUCACACUGCUCUUCCUCAGAUCAGUUAAUUUUUGUUAGAGAAUGUUGAUACCUUAAUUUGAUGGGUCAUAAUAUUCCAUGAAAACUUUUGAAGAUACAUUUGUAUGUUCUUUAUAUCCUUCACCUCAAGCAAUUCUUGGUCUGCCAUUUCUUUUUCAGUUUCCUGUAAAGCUUCUCAUCUUCAUCAGUUUCCUAUAAAGUUUCUUGUUUCCUGUUUUGUGA